AUGAUAAAGGAUGUUCUUCGAUGGUCCUCGCCGAAGGAAACAUGCACACGUCCGAGCGAUGCCAAGGCCUGUGCCUGUGAAUAUGACUCUGCCGCAGCGGGCGCGGCCGAGGCUGGCGGCUGGCGCCGCGCCCUUUCCUCCCCGGGUGCGGGCCCGGCGGCGGGGGCCCGCGCGGGGCGCUGUUUCUUCGCUGCCAGUGUCAAGGUGCUGCCCCGCGCCAGCGCAGGGUCGCGCUGCCCCCAGGUUCCCGGGGGGGCACGGUGCGAGCCUCCAGAGGUUCGGGGACCAUCCGUCCCCGCCGAGAUCGAUCUUCUGCAAUGGACGCGGUCGAUCCGCUCCAUGUAUGUGGUUGCUGUUUAA